UGCGCCACUGAGUAGUUUACAUAGGAAUGAAUAGGCGCCAUUUUUGAAUCCGUUGUCCAUAGACAGAUCCUACUCGCCGCUCAGCUCGGAGAAAAAGAAGUAUGGCUACCGAGAUGACAGCGCCUGCAACUCCUGCAGCUCCCGAACCAUACAAAUGGAGUGAUGAGGACACGGUCGCUUUCGUGCGGUGGCGUGUUGCCCACAAUAAGACCUUCAGCGGAGGGAGAGCCACAAACGCGGCUGGAUACAAAGUGUUCCUAGAAGAGAGACGACUGCUGGGGAGGGUGACCGCCCCAUUCCUAAAAAGAAAAUGGGAAAACCUUAAACAGAAAUACAAGGAUCUUAAGAACACUCCGACUAGUGUAAGCACAGAGGGGGAUGAGACCACUGCUGCGUCCUGGAAAUGGUUUGAUCUCAUGCACGAGGCAAUUGGGGACAGGCCGUCUGUGACGCCACCUGUCCUUAUUGCCACGUGUGCCCAGGGCGCGGUGGUGUUCACAGCCCCCUCUAUAAGUACACCAGAAAGGGGUAGGAAGGUUGAGGCAGCAGAGGAGACUGCCUUGGGCAGUCCGACGCCCACAACCACCGGAACCUCCACAGCAUCCACCCCCAAAAGGCGGCGGAUGUACGUUGUGGAAGUGCUGCAAGAGCUGAAGAGCCAGGAUGAGCAGGACUGGAGGGCUUUGCAGGCCGAAGAGAGGGAGAGAGAGAAGAGGAGAGAGGCCGAACAGGCCAGGCAGGCGGCCGAGAGAGAGCAGAGAGAAGAGAGAAGCUCCAGAGACGGUGCCUGGGGGUGCUGCCUCCCGUCCUGGAUCCUCUUCCUCUGCUGCUCCAGCCUCGCCGUCCUCAGGGUCCUCAGGGUCCAGCACGUCUCCCUGGCUCAGGCAAAUAUUGUGGAGUAUGGUGCAGCAGAGGAUGACCUCCGGGACGAACAGGACGUCCACCUCCAGCGCCUUCAUAUAUAUGGGCCUCCAUCUGGUCUUCAAGAUCCCAAAGGCCCGCUCCACCACUACUCGGGCCUUUGUCAGCCGGCUGCCGGUAGGGGGUCAUGGGGUAGGACAGGCAGGGGUACCAACCAUCCCCGAUGAGGCAGUACCCUGGUGGAGGGUAGUGCUUCUCUAGGUACAGGGGGCUGUUCUUUAGUACCCUCGAGUCAUGCACUGACCCGGUGUACCCCACACACACAUCUAUGAAUUUUGCUGUGUGGUCAACCACAGCCUGAAGCUGAACCGAAUAAAAAUGUUUACGGUUCAGGUAGCAGUCGGCAUCCUGUGAAGGGGGCUUUACUCUGACGUGGCAGCCGUCAAUGCUCCCAACCACCCUGUUGAAGGCCGCCGACCCUCCCACAGUCACCAACUCCUCCUCUGUAGGAUGGUUGACUGUUUGAGCAAACAGGGAGGCAAUCUUUGCUAUCCACACUGGUGGUGUGGAUAGCACGGUGGACGGAUGUUCUGGGCAUAUCAAAGGCCCGGGAGACGACACGGUAGGAUGUACCACUGGCCAACCAGAACAGGAAGACCAGGCAGGCGAUCUCCGAAUCCCAGCCGUGGUCUGCGUUGCUCCCCAUGGCUUCCAUAAGGGCAUUAAAUGAUCCCCUUGACAAGCGGAAGUCAACUUGCAUGUCACUGGCCAUCAAAAUAACCUUGAGAAUCGGCACUGCAUCAUUGAGCUGACAAUACCGCCUGGCGUUGGGACGAGGCUCUAAGAGAAAGUGGACAUGACUUCAUUAAUUAUUAUUUGUUUAUUAUUGAAGUUUGUUAUUGAAUUCUUUAUUAUUUGUAUUUAAUAAAAUCAGUCAUUUUUAAGUUGA